AUGCGCGGAGCUACCAGGCUGCUCUAUGCGGCAGUCUUUGCCCUCGGAAGCCUCGCCAAUGCCGACGCCGACAGCCAUGACUCCGGCGCGCUGGACACAAUGAAAUGCGCGAUUGACCCCUUGGCGAUGGUCACCGAUGCGUGUGUCUCCUACGGUACCAUCAACAAACUCAACGACGAAGUCUACACCCUGCUCCAAUCAAUCACACAAGAAACCGACUUCUUCUCCUACUACCGUCUCAACCUCUUCAACAAAGAAUGCCCUUUCUGGUCCGAUGCCAAUAGCAUGUGCGGUAACAUCGCCUGCUCUGUCAACACAAUCGAAUCCGAAGAAGAUAUCCCGCUGACGUGGCGAGCCGAGGAACUGAGUAAACUUGAAGGCCCCAAGGCGAAACAUCCACCCCGCGAAGUCCAAGCCGAGCGGCCCAAAGAGCGUCCUCUCCAAGGAACUCUCGGCGAGGGUGUCGGGGAAAGUUGCGUGGUCGAGUACGAUGAUGAAUGCGAUGAGCGGGACUUCUGCGUCCCCGAGGACGAAGGAUCAGCCGGUAAAGGCGACUACGUGAGUCUGGUCGACAACCCGGAGCGAUUCACCGGAUAUUCCGGAGCAGGCGCGCACCAGGUUUGGGACGCGAUCUACCGCGAGAACUGCUUCAUGAAGCACGACGCCGAGGAAUUGGCCGGGCAGCAAUCACUCAGCGUGCCAAUGGGCGGCGGUGGUCUGCAAGCGUUCUCGGAUUUCCGCAACGUGCUACAGAAGGAGUCGGCGCGAUUGGACGGACUUCCGCUGGAUAAUGAGUGCUUGGAGAAGCGUGUCUUCCACCGUCUUAUCAGCGGUAUGCAUGCUUCUAUCUCCACGCAUCUCUGCUGGGAUUACCUCAACCAGACGACUGGCAAGUGGCAGCCCAACAUGCAAUGCUUCAAGGACCGCCUCCACGCGCACCCGGAGCGUAUCUCAAACAUGUACUUCAACUACGCCCUGGUCUCUCGCGCCGUCGCCAAGCUCCGCAAGCAUCUCCAAAAUUACACCUUCUGCACCAGCGACCCGACCCAGCAACUCGACACCAAGGAGCGCGUCAGCCAACUCACCGAGAUCCUCUCACGACCCCCUCAGAUCUUCGACGAGAACCUCAUGUUCCAGGACGCCAACGCCGAUGGAUUGAAGGAAGACUUCCGCAACCGCUUCCGCAACGUCAGUCGACUGAUGGACUGCGUGGGAUGCGACAAGUGCCGACUCUGGGGCAAGCUCCAAGUAAACGGCUACGGAACCGCCCUCAAGGUCCUAUUCGAGUACGACGAGACCAAGAACGGCGAGAACCCGCCUCUCCGCCGAACCGAGCUCGUCUCCCUCAUCAACACCCUCGGCCGCAUCUCGCACAGUAUCGCCGCGGCGCGCAGUUUCGAAGAAGCCAUCGACGCCGGCAACGACCAUGCCUUCCCUCAACAUUUCGCCGCCCCGUCUACGCCCAAGGCAGCGAAGAUGCAACAGAUCUCCAAUAACCCCCAGGACGUCAAGCUGAAGCACGACGGAAGUGGCGUCUUGAUUAUGAAUCGGAGAAUGUGCAAUACUACCACGGCGCUGACGAACCGGGGCCCGACCACCGAUAUCCCUGGGUUCGACCUCCCCGCGAAGAAGGCGCGACGACUAUGGACGAUGUUGUGA